AUGUCGUCCGGGUUUCUUCCCUUGCUUGUCAGUGUUCUGCACGCCGAUUUAUCUCAUGCGAUCUUAGAUGACAUUGCGCCGCGCACUAAAUUUCCUCCGACGGCUACACUUGGCCCCGACUUCAUUGCUGAACCGACACCGUUCAAGAACCUGUCAAAGAGAGCAGAUCACAUUCCGCCGAAUUUUUGUGGGUGGUUCUCGGGCUCUGACUAUGGUACCCGGCCCUAUUGCGCGACCUUCACCUAUGGAUCCGACUACAGAUCAUUCGUAUGCAUGUCAGAGAAGGACGUUGAGUACCAGCUGGAGCCAUACUGGGAAGGUUUCAGCGAUCCUAUCGCAUUUCCUGUUUACACCGGAUCGAGCGGCAUUUCGACCGGAACGCAAUACCCAGUUGGUUACUUUGCAUCAGUUUCAUCAACGAGAUCAGACUCAGACUCUGGUACUAGCAAGGAUUCAGGGUCCACCUCAAGUACCACCCAAGGGAACACUGGAUCUUCAUCCGAUCAUGGAGGUAGUUCUUCCCCUAUUGGGGCUAUUGUAGGAGGUGUGAUCGGCGGCCUAGCUUUGAUUAGUCUGAUUGUGGGGGCCAUAAUUUUAUUCGUUGGCCGAGGACGGAGACGACGACAAGGUCAACAUCAUCAGGAUAGUCUAGGGUUCCAGAACGGCCCCGAAUCAUACGCCCGAUCUCCCCAACCUCCGAGCUCAACAAUGAGCAACGUGUUUCCAUCUUAUACGGCAGUUCCAAAUACCCUGCCGUCAGAGCCCCCCCCCGGAAAGCCCUCCUCCUCAGCAGGUGCGUAUGAAGACCAGGCUGAUUUGGGCCAGCAAGCCGAGUUACCCGGGGCGCAGCCUCUUUAUCCAGAGUAUAUGUCGGCAGCCCAACGGCCUGUUUUGUUGCAGGUGGGUAUCAAGGAGUAA